GUGAACUGCAACGCGAAUUUGUGCUGUGUGUACUGCCUAAAAAAGCUCUUUGCAAUCCCAUCCGCUCCGGGAUUGUAAUCGCCCUCAAAACAAUAACACAGGUACCGCGAGUGAUAGUACGUGAAUUAGAAACUUCCAAAUCGUGAAUUUAGUGCUGUUCAGUGUUUUUUCUUGCAUUGUGAAGGGUUAGGAAGAGAAAUUUUUCCUUGGCUACGUUGCCUAGACAAAAAUUAUCCAAAAUGGCGUCGGAUCGAAUGCGGUGAAAAUUUUGCACAUUAUGAAAAAAUCAUUUUUUGUGUUUCAAUACGGUAUUUUUGCACGGAUUUUUGCGUUUUUUGCCAAUUUGGAUCAAAUGUAAUUUUCUAAACGUGAAUCCCUUCAAGUGGUGUUAACUUCAUUUAGAUAUUAUAAAGAAAAACAGUCGAAAAUUCAUCAUGAGUCAGGCCUCCGUCGAGACGGAUAAACCGAUAUUGGGUUCGAAUGACUUGUCCGGAUCAACGGAAGCUUCGCAUGUAUUUGAACGUCGAAAUUAUGGCAAGGAACAGCUGAGAUCCCGCCUUGACUUAACUAAUCAGUUGGAAGAUGAUAGUUUGUCGAAAGAGGACAAAAGCGAUUCGGAGAACGAGUCCGGCAGCGACAGUAAAAGUGAAUCCGGCACGUCCGAUUCGGAAAGCGACAACGGUUCCGAUUCGUCCAGUUCUAGCUCGAGCGAUAACGAGCAGAACAGUAGCAACGUUAAUACGGCGCACAAUGACAGCACCCGCCGGCGGCGGCCCGAGGUGAACGGCGAUGUUGCGUCGUCGGAUCACAACGAAAGUAAAUCGGGCAAUGAGGAUGAAUCCGACAACGAUACGUCCGGAGCAACGGCGGAUCACAGUGCUGGUGGCGCUGGUGUCGGUUCAGGCAGCAAUCAAAUAAACAAUAGUGACAAGUCUCGCCACAGCAGUGCGCACUCCAAAUCUGGUUCGGAUGAAAGCGCGGAAGAAAACAACAGCGAUUCGGAAGACAGCGGCAAACCGAGCAACGCCAGUCAAAGUCAGGAUGACGAGGACGACGAGGAUGAAGCGGGCAGCGAAAACUCGGACAACGAUGCAGACGAAGAUCAGCAAGAGCAGUCUUCAAAAAGUAGUUACGAUGAUGAGGACUACGCUGCUAAUAACCGUAGGAACAACGCGCGAAAGAAAGCUGCGGCGGCGCAAGCUAAACGGAAGUCAGCGGCCACUGCACCUGCCCGGAAAAAGAAAAGCAGUCGUUGGAAGUCGGAUACCUCGGAGGACGAAAGCGAUGUCAGCGAGCAGGACAGCUCGGAUGCCGGUGAUGGCAGCUACGGUGCCCGCCGGGCACCGGCCAAAAAGCGUGCUGCACCACCACCGAAGCCGAAAGCGAAGAAAAAGAAACGCACUGCCUAUACGUCUGAUGAGGGAAGCGGUGAUAGCGGGGAAAAUUCCCGCCAGGGUAGGAAUCGUAGAAAAACAGCUGUUAGCUAUAAGGAGGAGAGCGGCGAAGAGCAGACUGAUAGUGAGGAUCUAUUGGAAAUAGAUGCUGAGCAGGCGGAAGCAGCUGCUGCCGCUGCCGCUGAAGACGAGAAGACUGAAACGAUCGAGCGAAUAAUCGGCCAACGGAUAGGUAGAAAAGGUGCAACCGGAGCGGCAACCACUUGUUAUUCCGUAGAAGAAAGUGGUGAUCCAAACGAGGAGGCUGAGUCGAACGAGGCCGGAAAUACCGAACAGCAGUAUCUGAUUAAAUGGACCGGUUGGUCCUAUCUACAUUGUACGUGGGAAUCUGAGGAAUCGCUAAAGGAACAAAAAGUGAAAGGAAUGAAAAAACUGGAGAACUACAUCAAGCGAGAAAUAGACAUUGAGUACUGGCGAAAACAUCAAGCUGGACCGGAAGAUAUCGACUAUUACGAAUGUCAACAGGAAUUACAGCAAGAUUUGCUCAAAAGUUACUACAACGUGGAGCGCGUGAUUGCCCAGGUCGAAAAACCGGAAGGUGGAAUAGAUUACCUGUGCAAGUGGGAAUCGCUUCCCUACGCUGAUUCUACUUGGGAGGAUGCCAGUUUGCUAUCAAAAAAGUGGAGUAAAAAGCUGGAAGAAUUCCAGGAACGUGAAGAUAGUCGCCGGACGCCUUCCAAACAUUGUAAGGUUAUUAAAUAUCGACCAAAAUUUCACCAUCUAAAAAGUCAACCGGAAUAUCUUGGGGAAGACCGCGGUUUGAAAUUAAGAGAUUACCAAAUGGACGGUUUAAAUUGGCUAAUUCUCACGUGGUGCAAGGAAAACUCAGUGAUUUUGGCGGAUGAAAUGGGUUUGGGUAAAACAAUUCAAACCAUUUGCUUCCUGUACUAUUUGUUCAAAGCGCAGCAACUCUAUGGACCGUUCCUGUGCGUCGUGCCGCUUAGCACAAUGACAGCGUGGCAACGAGAAUUCGCGAUCUGGGCACCGGAAAUGAAUGUCGUUACCUAUCUGGGUGAUGUGGCGUCACGAGAAAUUAUUCGGCAGUAUGAAUGGUGUUUUGUGAACAAUCAAAAACUGAAGUUCAAUGCAAUUUUAACUACUUACGAAAUUCUGCUGAAGGACAAAACAUUUCUCGGCAGUCUAAGCUGGGCAGCGUUACUUGUUGACGAAGCACAUCGGUUGAAAAACGACGAUUCACUACUGUACAAAGCAUUGGAAGAAUUCGACACCAACUACCGGUUACUAAUUACCGGGACACCACUGCAAAAUUCCCUAAAAGAACUGUGGGCUCUUCUGCAUUUUAUUAUGCCGAAUAAAUUCGACUCUUGGGAAACGUUUGAACGGAACUAUGGCAAUACUACCAACGAUAAAUCGUACACGAAGCUCCAUAAGGAACUGGAACCGUAUAUAUUGCGGCGUGUGAAAAAGGAUGUUGAAAAGAGUUUACCCGCGAAGGUGGAACAGAUCCUAAGGGUAGAAAUGACUUCGAUACAAAGACAGUACUAUCGUUGGAUUUUGACGAAGAACUUCGACGCCCUGCGUAAGGGAAUGAAAGGUUCCAUUAAUACAUUCCUGAACAUUGUGAUUGAACUGAAGAAGUGUUGCAAUCAUGCACUUUUGACAAGGCCUACCGAGUUUGAGUCACAAACAGCCAAUCAGGACGAUGUGGUGGUACAGUUGCUUAAGGGCUCCGGCAAGCUGGUUUUGCUGGAUAAGCUUUUGUGUCGGCUGAAGGAAACCGGUCAUCGAGUGUUGAUCUUCUCGCAGAUGGUUCGGAUGUUGGACAUCCUGGCGGAAUAUUUGCAGAAGAGGCAUUUUUCCUUCCAGCGGCUGGAUGGUAGUAUAAAAGGUGAAUUGCGAAAGCAAGCGUUGGAUCAUUUCAAUGCCGAGGGCUCGACCGAUUUUUGUUUUCUUUUGUCUACCCGAGCUGGUGGACUGGGAAUUAACCUGGCUACGGCUGAUACGGUAAUCAUUUUUGAUUCCGAUUGGAAUCCGCAGAAUGACUUACAAGCCCAAGCUCGUGCUCAUCGGAUAGGGCAGAAAAAUCAGGUCAAUAUUUAUCGCUUGGUUACGGCCCGAUCCGUUGAAGAGGACAUUGUGGAACGUGCAAAGAAGAAAAUGGUUCUCGAUCACUUGGUGAUCCAGCGAAUGGACACAACUGGGCGAACAGUACUUGACAAAAAUGGAGCCAAUAAUACGAGUAAUCCCUUCAACAAGGACGAGCUAUCGGCGAUUCUGAAGUUUGGUGCGGAGGAAUUGUUCAAAGAGGACGAAGAUGGAGAUGACGAACUUGUAUGUGAUAUUGAUGAAAUUCUCAAGCGAGCAGAGACGCGCGAUGAGGCGCCUGAUAUGCCCGGUGACGAACUUCUGUCGGCGUUUAACGUAACGACGUUUGAUUUUGACGAGGAAAAGGAAACCUCGGCAAUGCGAAAACCGGUAAACCCACCUAAUGAAGCUGAACAAGAUGCUGACACUAAAGACUGGGAUGAGAUUAUUCCGCAAAACUAUCGUGAGCUUAUUGAAGCAGAGGAGCGGAGCAAAGAGCUGAAUGACCUUUAUUUACCGCCAAGGCGCAAAACUCUUCAGCAAAUCAAUCAAGCUAAUGAAGAAGGUAGUGGCAAGAAGCGUAAAAAACGAACCGCUGAGGACGAAAGUGGCGAGGAGUCUGAGGCUAGUGAGGAUGGCAAACCCAGUAAGAAGGCGGGUGGCCGAGGUAGACCCUCAAACAAGGAGAAAAUCUCCGGCUUCACUGACACUGAGCUCAGAAGGUUUAUUAAGAGCUAUAAAAAAUUCCCAGCGCCACUGAAACGGUUAGAGGCUAUCGCAAUCGACGCAGAGUUGCAGGAAAAACCUCUCUCGGAACUAAAACGAGUGGGUGAACUGCUGCAGGAACGAUGUGUCCAAUUUAUGGAGCAUUCAAAGGAAAAUGACGAGAAGGAUAAAAACUCAACGGAAGAAAAAGCUAAACGGGGACCCCGCGCUGCCUUUUCGAUCCGCUUUGGUGGUGUCUCCUUUAACGUCAAAACGUUGCUCCAAUGUGUCGAAGAGUUGCAACCGCUUGAUGACGUCUUACCUGUUGAUGCCAACGAACGUUCGCAAUGGGUUUUGAACAUCAAAACGCGCCCGGCGAACUUCGACGUAGAGUGGACUAGUGAAGAUGACUCACGAUUGCUCCGUGGAAUCUAUCAGUUCGGUAUUGGUUCAUGGGAAGCAAUGAAACUGGAGGAUUCGUUGAGUCUGGGUGAUAAAAUUUUAGCAAAUGAUGGCUCGAAAAAACCGCAGGCGAAACAUCUUCAAUCUCGAGCGGAAUACUUGCUGAAAAUAAUUCGGAAGAAUCUCGAGCUGAAAAAAGGGAUUGGUAAAAAACCACGCAAACAACGAAAGCCGCGAGGCGAAGGAAAAGCUUUGUCAGCUCCAAUUGUUCAAUCACCUCUAUCGUGUCAGGAGGCAGACGGAAAUGAAGGCUCUUCAGUGGAAGAUAAAAAUUUGUCCACUCCUGUGUCUUCUAGUAAAAAUAAGAAACUGUCGGAAUCUGACACACACCAUCAUGAUCACGAUAUCAAUUCCAACGGCCCCAAGGAGGAUCACAAGGAGCACAAAGAAAAGAAGGAGCGUAAAAAACGGGAAAAGACUAAAGAUACCAAAAAGGACAAGAAGAAGAAUACCGGCCCGAUGCAUUUCACGGCCAACAAUGAGCCCUGUGCGUUAAAUAUUAUAGGUGACCUAGAUCCCAGUGUGUUCAAUGAAUGUAAGGAAAAGAUGCGUCCCGUUAAAAAAGCUUUAAAGACGCUGGACAAUCCAGACCAAACACUUUCACCGCAGGAUCAGGUCAACCAGACCCGAGCAUGUCUUCUCAGUAUUGGAAACCAAAUCAACCAGUGUUUGGCGGUCUACAAAGAUCCCGAAAAGAUCAAAGAAUGGCGAAGUAAUUUAUGGUACUUCGUAUCAAAGUUCACAGAGUUUGAUGCCAAAAAACUGUUUAAACUCUACAAACAUGCAAUGAAGCGCAGCGGUGGAGAGGUGGAUGAUGCUGUCGGAGGUAGCGGCAGUAGUGCGGAGAAGAAGAAAGAUCACCACCAUCACCACCACCACCAUCAUCAUCAUCACCAUCACAAGGAUGGUCCGGGUUCCGCCCAGAACUCCCCGGUCAAGGAGGCCAAAGAGAAAGCGGAGAAAGUUACAAAAAAUCUUCCAGGGACGCCGCAGGCGCUGCAGACUUUAGGGAAAAUUAAAAAAAUAAGUAAAAAAGAUAACGGGCAAACCCGGCAAAAUGUUCCUAUGAUGGUAACGACACCACUUGCUGAGCAGGAAAAGGACAAAUCAAUCAGCAGUGAUCGGCGGGAACGAAAAGAGAAGAAACGGCUACACGGAAAUACGGGAGCACCGGAUCGAGGUAAUGCCGGUGGAAUGGAUGGCGAUUUGCAUCACCGAAAAGAACGAGAACGAUAUUUGGGACAGGAUGGUGAUGCGAAGGACGAUGCACCGCACGUCAAACGAAAGCUUGAGGAAGGAGAGCUCGAUGAGAACAGUAAAGAGUACAAGCGGCUGCAUGGUGACGGAAGGACAAUUCGAGAUCGUGACAAAAAAUGGGAUGAUUAUCCAGAUCGUACGGGUACUAUGAGAGGAGCAAUUCCUCGGGGCGGUGCGCCGGGAACACCGCAAGGUAUGCGCGGUGGAAUGUAUCCGGAAGGAGGAGGACGUGGUGGACCAUAUCCGGAUGAUCGAUGGAGCGGUCGCGAUCGAUUCAGUGAUCACAAACGUGAUCGAUAUGACGGUUACAAUCGCCACCCUCCCUCGAAUUACCACCGCGACCAUCGAGAUCGAGAUCGGGGUGAUCGACAGUACAAGGAUAAACGAAGAUAUCCACCACCGCCAGGAGGUUACUCCAGCAACCAUUAUGGUAUGCCACCGGGUGGCUACUAUCCUCCGGGCGAUAAUCCAUAUCGAUACGCAGCAGGCUAUGAUCGGGGUAGCGGAGGACCGUCAGGGGGUGGUCCUGGUGGACCCGAAUUUAUGGACUAUCGGACUGGUGGUAGCAGCGCUGGCAGUGGACGGAGCGAGUAUGAGCGAAGGCCUCCGCCACCAGCCAAUUCCUAAAAUCGGGUCACGCGGACUGUGUGCUUCUGUAAUAUAUGUGUACUUCAACACGUGUACUCCUGUGAAUAAUUCCUGCGCUAUAUAAUUGAUAUAUAGAAAGCAAUCUACUAAAGUUCUGCCGGUUAUAAGAGCAAAACUCGCGGAGUUAGUGAACAUAGUUUUUUACAUCAAAAUGCUAGAUAUUUUAAAAACUAAUUUAUUAAGCCAUGAAGCAGAUGAAGGAUGCUCAUUAUCAUUAUUAUGUUUGGUUUGCCUCGGAAUAAACCAGAGGGUUAACGGAACCUGAUUUUCUGCGCGUAUGUACAUCUUGGAUACCUCAAUCUUUCGUCCCUCGUUUAGUUUUAGCAGUACGAAGUGGGUUUGGUCAAACGACGCAUUUCAAUAAAACAAAACUACGCUGUGAAUAGGAUGGGAACUCAAAACGGCACCAGAAGAAUAGGAUAAUCUACUCGGAAACGCGACGUGCGCUUUGAACAGUUAGUUGUAAAUAGUAGUAGUAUUAAAUAGCAGUGCAUGAAAGGUCAGAACAGUUUGCUUAGUGACAUUAGAAUGAAUUGAAUAGGCGUAAAAAAUAUACCUAGCGUGAAAGCGUGUGAAAGACUGGUAGAUUUGCGUUUGUAAGGCUAGAAGAAAGUAGAUUUAUAUAACUAAUAAUUUAUACCAAUUAAUUGUCGAUAGAAAGUCUAUUUUACUUACAAUUAAAAUGUUUGAAUUCAGAACAAACACGGCAAAAAUAGCCUACAAUAUUUAAGCCUGUCUAUCAUUACUAUGUUCAGUUCAAUAUGCGGCUGUCAAGCAAAGGAUUUAAAAAAUUAGGAAAGCCCGACAUGCUCAACUGCAAUGUCACUAUAUGCACUAAAAGUGGACUAUUUCUGCAACGGAACCGUUAUAACAACGGUCUCUGUGUAACCAUAGAACGGACGGAAGCGGUAAAACCAAUAAAUAAAAAAUCUCA